AUUUACUAUUAUGUGAUCUGUGGAGCCAAAAACCGAGGUCGAAAGGUUGAGAGAUUAGCAAACUUUGCAAGUUGUUUUGUAUAUAUUUCUUUUUUAUAUAAAACAUAUAUUUGGUUCACAAUGGUUGAAGCACAGAAGUAUAGAAUUGAACAAGAAAUGACCAAUAUGGUCAAUGAAUUAGACCGGAGUCAUUUGAGAAAAAUGCAGGGUGAUAUGCACAGAUGUGCUGCAAGAUGUUGUGAUGACCCAAAUUCCUCAUUAGAAAGAGUCCAUGGCUGUAUAGAAAACUGUACCUCAUCACUCAAUCAGGCUAAUACUUAUGUUCAGAAUGAAAUCAAUGUUCUUCAAAACAGACUACAGAGGUGUGUUAUGGACUGCAAUGAUUCUGCAAGAGAUAGACUUGGACCAGAUCCCAGCCAGGAAACGAUUGACAAAUGCACAAUAGAUUUCGAGAAAUGUGCAGUGAAAUGUGUUGACAAGCACAUAGGUUUGAUUCCAAGUAUGCUGAAAACAAUGAGAAAAGUACUGGCUAGUGGGAAACCUCCCCCAGCUAGAUCUGAAUAAAAAUAUUGUAUGUAGUUUAUAAAGAGUAGCAGAUACGCAUUGACAAGGCAUCAGGUUUACUUUUACAUAGUAAUUUGCUAGCAUUUCUCAGGCAGUUCAAAUUGAAUGAAAAAUCUUAAUAUAAAGAAUUUUACUUACAAGUUUGCUAUUACUUGAUGCCUGGUUGAAAUUGCUUUGUGUUCUAUUAUCUAAAUUAUAAAUAAUAGCCAAUGUAAUCACCACUAAAAUCUUUAAAAGUUCAAUGGCUUCUACCUCUAAGAAAAAAAUAUUGCAUUUAUUUUUAUACUUAUGUUGCCCAUGUUAAGAGCUACACAUAAAAUCUAUGUACAGUGUAAUAAAAAUACAACAAUGUAGAGUGAAUUACAACAAAGUUUGUUUUACAGACUUUGAAUAUUUAAACGUUCCUCUUGGCCGUAGACCAACUUCCUUUUACACAUUUUUUUCUGUAUAGGUCAACUUACUGUUUUGUACCCUAAAUAGAAAGCGUUUCAAAAUACACUGAAAUAUUCAUUGUUACUGUAAACAUCUUGUAAAUAUAUGUUUGUUUAGUUUAGAAA